AUGGCUUAGAACCAAAUAGUAGGAGCAAUUAAAAUAAAGGAUGGAUUAUUUAUUGGGGAUGAAUAUGCAUCAUAGGAUCGAGAAUUUAUAAAUACAAAUAAAGUAACUCAUAUUAUUAAUUGUGCUGGCACAGAAGUUCAAAAUAAAUGGACUUUGAUGGGUGCAAAGUAUUUAACUUUUAAUUGGUUGGAGUAAGAUAACGAAGUGUUAUUUGAUGAACGAGGUGAAAAUGUAAAUAAAAUAUUUGCAUUCAUUGAAGAAUGUUUUCAAUAAGGAGAGAGUUGCUUGGUACAUUCAGUUAGAGGUUAGAGUAGAGCAUGUUGUGUGCUUGCUGCUUAUUUUAUGAAAAAAUAUUCGUGGACAUUAUAUAAAACAUUAGAAUUUUUGAAUUCCAGGCGUCCAGAUCUAGAAAUUAGAGCAUCCUUUUUCUAUUAAUUAAAUGCAUUGGAAAACAGAAUGAAUAAAUUAGGACCAAAAAGAACUGCUUCAUGGAAUGAACUCACAUCAGAUGAAUAAAAUCCUUAGCAUGUUUAGGAGGAAUUGAUCAUUAGAAAUACUUUUUUGAAUUCUCAUAAUGGUCCUGUUGAUGAAAUAUAUACGAAUUUAUAAGCUAAAUAGGGAGUUUUAGGAAAGCCAACUAAUUAAAAGUUAAAAUGGAGAGAUCAAAUGAACAAAGAAAAUAUUCAAUUAGCAACUCUUGUUUACUCUGGAUCUCCUGAUUUUGUGCCUGUUUCUGAAGUCAACUUAAAACGUGAUUCUGAAACUUCAAUUUUAAAAGGAGCAUAAAAAAACUAAUCUGUAAUCUAAUUGCCUAAAUAACCCUAAAUCUAAACAAGCUUUCCAAAAAGUAAUUAAAACCCAACUCAAGGUAGAACUGAAGGUAGUAAAUCAUAAUAACAAGAUUAAUCUGAUAUUACAAAUAAAUCUAAUAUAACUUCUGCUAAUUUGACUAGCAACCCUUCAUUUUAAAACUUAUUGAUGCAAUGCACAGUAAAAAGUAGAACACCAUAACAAUAACAAUAAUUAUAAUAAUAACAACAAUUUUAAUAGUAAUAAUCAUAAUAAUAAUAAUAAUAAUAAUAAUAAUAAUAAUAAUAAUAAUAAUAAUAAUAAUAGACUACUUUUGAGCAAAAUAAUAAAAAAACCUAAUUGAUUAAUAAUUUUGUUAAGACUUCUGAUAAUCAAAUAUAAGAGAAGAAACCUUUAUUUGGAACUAUAUUAAAUAGUAAUAAUUAAGUCAUAUAAAACAGUUCUAAUGCAAUUAGAAGCAAUUCUUUGUAACAAAAUGAUGAAAAGAAAUUAACGUCAGAUUCUUCCAAUUAAAAUAGACCAAACUCUUUAAAAUAAAAAGAUAACUAGAAUUCAAUCCUAACUAACUUCUAGGAAUUUAAAAAUUAAGUGUAAUAAUCAUUGAAUUAUUUCAAUAAACAAACCGAAACACUUUUAAAUUUUGACAAAUAAUCCUAAUAAUCGUAAGCAACGUAAUUAACAAAUUAAUCAAAUAAUACAAUCUAAUAAAAAAGUAAAUUAGAUUAAUUAAUUAGUCCAACACAAAUGUAAACAAUGAAUUCCACUAAGCAUUCAGAAAUUCAAAAAACUCUCACUUAAUCCAUUUCCUAAUUAUAGUCUAGUUAUUAAAAAUUUCAGCAACUUUAGCAAAAAUCCUAAAUAAAUCAAUCUUAAUCUUAAUCUUGUAUUUAAAAGUAAAAUAUUUAAAACACUGAAUUAUGUAUGAUUAAUUAACCUGCUAUGUUAAAUUAGUCGCAUUUACAGGAUAGAAGCUCUUCUUUAAACAAAAAUUAGGAAACAUUAGAAUCCAAACUUAGGCCUGAAAUAAAGGAUACAUAAAAAUCUAAUUGCGUAUAAAAAAAGGAAACCUUGUCUCCCUUUUCAAAAGAUCCUUAAAAAAAGUAGUCUUAACAAGGACCCCCUUUACCAUAAUCUAGUUCUCAAAUAUAUUUAAGAAAUGUUUAAUGUAGAAGGCAAGCAGCAUCUACUUUGAGGAACUAAUAAAAGCCAAACAACUCAUUUUAGGAUAAGUACUUAAAUUAAAGCGCUAAUUAAGCAUAAAACAACAGCUUUAAUAAUAAUAGUAAUUCUGCUAUUGAAGCAGAUUAAAAAUAAUAAGCUAAGGGCAUAGUUACAGAUCUUAAUUAAUUUAAGAAAUUAAUAUCUCCUUAAAAUUUGACUAAAAGUUAGGCAUAAUUUGUGAAGAAUUAACCCAUUAGAGUUUUAUAAGAAUUGACAGAUAAGACUCAUUCCCAAAAAUAAGUGAAAGCCAAAGAUAAUGUAUCAUCAACUAGUUUUACAAUAGUUCAUAAACCCUCAACAGUAAAUACAAGAACAUUUUCACCUGUUAUUAAAAAUGAACCAAAGAAUAAGACAACUAAUGUUACUAGCGUUAGACACAAAAUUAGAAAUUCUUCACCAGGAAUAUCAAAAGAUUAGGAUUGCUCAAAUUCAUUUUAAAACAUAUAAUAAACUUUACAAGGAAAAAAUAGUUGGAAAAUGCUUUGA